AUGGCCGUGCCCGUCGUUGCUGCAGCUGUGAACGCUUCGCCCACCGUCGCCUCACCAGCGGAGCCCAUGUCGAAGGCCCAGCUGAAGGCCCAGCACCACCUCAUGUCUGGUGGACUUUCAGGACUCACAUCGGCGGUGUGUCUCCAGCCUCUCGAUCUGCUCAAGACGCGACUCCAACAGCAGGGCACUGUUAAUGGGCAGAAGCGACACCGCCUUCUCCCUGUCGUCCGUCAAGUGCUCCGCGACGAUGGCAUCUUCGGUCUCUGGCGCGGAACAGUGCCGACAAUUGCACGAAACGUCCCGGGCGUCGCCAUGUACUUUUACAUGCUGUCUUCGUUCCGCUACGAAAUGGCCAAGAUGCCAAUGUUUGCCACGACGGUCGAGACGACUUCGAAAGAUGGCAAACAGCGGAGCGCACUGACCAAGUUGUCCUCGGGCGGCAACUUGGUAGCGGGUGCUGUUGCGCGCACAAGUGUUGGCUUUGUGCUCAACCCUAUCACCGUGAUCAAGGCGCGGUACGAGUCCAAUGCCUACAACGAGUACCGCUCCUUGGGAGGAGCCCUGCGCAAUCUCUUCGCUACCGCCGGCGUGCGCGGUCUCUUCCAGGGCUUUACAGCGACGGCAGUCCGCGAUGCUCCGUACGCGGGUCUCUAUGUCGUCAUUUACGAAAAGUGCAAGGAGCUUGCAACAUUGACACUCCGCCCCGACCUGGCGGUUCCCAACGCGGCAUUGCACUCGGGAAGCGCCGUGACCGCUGCCAUGCUCGCUACAGUCCUCACUUCGCCGGCAGACUGUGUCAAGACGCGCAUGCAAGUAGCGCCCAAGGAGAACCCCAAUAUCCGUCGGGCGAUUGGACAUAUCUGGACUGAUUCCGGUAUGAGAGGCUUCUUCGCCGGCUCAUCAUUGCGUAUCUCGCGCAAGGCCGCCUCGUCAGCGAUUGCGUGGACAGUGUACGAGGGCCUGUUGCUGGUCUUCCACGCAAGAGAGAAACGCCACAAGGCAGAGGCCGCAGCGCCGACCGCGUGA